AUGCCUGGAGGCCAGUACCAGGUGACCAGCGUCAAGCUCCACCACAGCCUCUACAACCUGACUGACAGCUCUGUCAUGGGCCCUAACGAUGAGGAGGUCAGUGCCCCACUACACCUCACUCCCCUGCAGAAGCUCACUAUGGACAUGUGCAAGGAUGAGAAGACCAUCAAGGAGCUGAUCACAGGCCGCAGGGUGGGCUUCUACAAGGUCCGUGGAGAGAUCGGCUGUGGAACCUUCUCAAGGGUCAAACUGGCUUUCCAUGCUCUGACCAAAGAUAAAGUGGCCCUGAAGAUCCUGGAUAAGACAAGAAUGGAUGCUCAGGCCCAGCGUCUGCUCUCCAGGGAAAUCAGUAGCAUGGAGUCCCUGCAGCACCCCAACGUGGUCCGUCUGUAUGAGGUGGUGGAGACACCGAGCCGCCUCUAUCUGGUGCUGGAGUAUGCAGGAGGAGGAGACCUCCACAACAGGAUCUGCAAUGAAGGAAAACUGUCUGACAGCACCAGCAAGAUCACCUUUGCCCAGAUCCUCUCUGCCAUCAAAUUUAUGCACAACAGCAACAUCAUCCACCGGGACCUGAAGGCGGAGAACGUUCUGUUCACCAGCAGUGGCUGUGUGAAGGUGGCUGACUUAGGAUUCAGCACAUGGGUUUCAAACCACAGCAACGCCCUUGACACCUUCUGUGGCUCACCGCCCUAUGCCGCCCCAGAGCUCUUCAGGGAUGAGUGCUACUUGGGACCCCCUGUGGAUGUGUGGGCCAUGGGGGUCCUGCUUUUCUUCAUAGUCACAGGCACCAUGCCAUUCCGUGCCGAAACUACAGGCAAGCUAAGGCGCUGCAUCAUUGAAGGCAUCUACACCAUCCCACCCUGGGUACCUGCUCCCUGCCAGAGGCUCAUCAAGGGCAUCCUAAAGCCAGUCCCCACUGAGCGCCAUGCCAUUGACCAAAUGCUGGGCUGCGAUUGGCUCUUACCUGUGGAGUUUCCUUGGUCAUGGGUGCCUACUGAAACAGCAAAUCCUCUCCAGAGCCUGCUGGACUCAGCACACAGGGACAUGAAGGACGAGGAGGAGAAGAUCAGGAGCUCACUGGAGGAGCUGGGCUUUACCACGAAGCACCUACGGAAUAAUCAGCCAAAUGAUAGCCGCAGCCCCGUCACUGGGGUUUAUCGAAUCCUGCUGCACCGAGCACAGAAGAGGAGGGGCUGUGACAGCCUACCAGUGGUCCGAGGGAUGGUGAGGGACCCCAAGAGGGAGGGGUUCCGGGCCUAUAGAGGUCUCAGGCACACCUCCAAAUUCUGUGUGCUUUCAUAA